AUGGACGCGACCUACGAAGCGCUCAACCAACUGCGCAUCGCCAUUGCUCCUGUAGUUUUUCAUAUACUUCUUUUUAUAAAAACUACCGCCACACAGAUCGGCCUUUGCUUCAUCCGUCUAAUUAUCACUGUCUCUCCGCAUCUUUCUAAUCUUCUCCACCUUCUCCACAAUAACCUCCGCACUCUCAUCAUAACUAUUAUUCCUCCCCCCUCCAUUCUAACAACAAUCCCACGUCUCUGUAUCCGUUUAUUAGUUUCUAUAAGCCAUAUUGUGACAUCUCUUUUGGCUAUCACUACGGCCCUUACAUUAAUACUCACCGCUCGCGUUCUUCUAUUAAUCUUAGCGGCUAUCAAUACCCUCUUUACAAUUAUUACAAACAUCACUUCACACCCAUCAAUCACUCUUUACAUCAAACCUUUAUGUAUUGCAUCUUUUUUUGCUCUAAUUCUUGGAGCUCUCUUAGGUAGUCUUGCAGGUGGAACAAUUCUUACUAUCCGAUUCUUUUUACCACCAACUAGUGGUUCUACCGGUACAAGCAAUGAAACAUACCCAGUCUUGCCCAUCAAACGCGCUGAAACGCGUACAAAGAGUGUUCCUACUGUGAAAUUUCAACAACAACAACAACAAGUACAACAACAACAGCAGCAACAACAGCAACAACAACAACAGCAGCAACAACAGCAACAGCAACAGCAACAGCAACAACCACAACCACAACACCCUUCAUUAAAACAAACUCAACCUACACCGGCUCUUCGAGUCCCAAGUGCAAUGGCAUCUCCUAAAAAACCUGCAUCAAAACGUCCGUCCGUCACAUUCUCGGAUCCUCUUACUGUUCCGGAUUCGCCGCCUCGUCGGCCACCUACAGAACCUUUACAAUCCGUUUCAAACCCUACAACAACGCUUAUACCAUCAUCAUCAUCAUUAUUAAAUUUACAAUCAACAAAAUCUAUUGAAAAACUACCAUCUUUAUCAGUUAAAAUCUCAUCUGCUGAUGCUCCUGCUGAUGGACCAGCAACUGUGGUUUUUUCUUUUUCAGACCCUCCAUCACCAAACUUGGUUAAUAUGGAUGUAGCAACUCAUACAACUACAACUACAACUACCACAAGGUAUAGACCGCGCCGCCACGUGUCGUUACCACCAUCUCCUCGUGCAGAAACACCGCCUGGUAAAAUCAGCAACGAGAACAACAACAACAAUAGUAGUAGUAGUAGUAGUAGUAGUAGUAGUAGUGGCAGUAGUACUAACCAUAUUAAACAAUUGAUGCGUCCACCAUCUGCAUCAGAUUCGAAUUUAGUCAAGUUAAAGGCAACUGCUGCUACUGCUACUGCUACUGCUACUGCUACUGCUACUGCUACUGCUACUGCUACUGCUACUGCUACUUCUUCUUCUUCUUCCAAUCUUGACACAGAAUAUGAGAAAAAGACUGCAGCACUGCUGGCAUCUGCUGCACGGUCUCUUAGAAAACUCAAUUGA